AUGGACUGGUCGCAAGAAGAAACGUUGCAGUUCUUGGAACUCUAUCAGGCUGAGCGAAUAAUUUGGGAUCCAAAGCAUAUUAUGCAUAAAAAUACCCAAAAAAUGAAUGAUGCGUGGAAUAGAAUUUCCGAGGUUAUGUGCAGACCACUAGCAGAGCUCAAAAUAAAAAAGAAUUCGCUUAUGGCUACCUUUCGUCAACACCUACGAAGAAAAAAGCAGUCUAUAAAAUCUGGCGCAUCUAUUGAUGUCAUUUAUAAUCCAAUAUGGGUAUACUAUGAAAUUAUGGAAAAUUUUUUGGCACAGGUUUAUAAAUGUGACCAUACAAUAAGUACUGAAGACGAACCCGUAAGUAAAUAA